AUGUCUCAGGAAGGCAGUUACGGGAGGUGGACAAUAUCCAGCAGUGAUGAAAGUGAGGAUGAAAAACCCAAAUUGGACAGGCCAGCGACCUCUUGUCUCCCCCACGCCCAACAGGGGACAGCCACAGAGCUCCGGUAUACUUGUUCCGAGGCUCGGCAGGCCGCCCACAGAAGAAAAAUGUCCCCCGUGAAGUUCAGCAGCACGGGGUCUGCUUCCGUCUCACCUCCCAAAAGGCCCAAGAGCGGCUCCCAGGAAGACCUCGGCUGGUGCCUCUCCAGUAGUGAUGACGAGCAGGCUGCGAAAACGGGGGUCAAAGAGGAGAAAGGCCCUCCAUCCUCCCCCCAAAUCCAAGCAGAAAGGACUGGAAAUCACGGCCCUCCCAGCCGGCACAAACUCCAAAAAGAGGAAGACGAGUAUGAAACGUCGGGGGAAGGCCAGGACGUCUGGGACAUGCUGAUUAAAGGGAACCCUUUCCAGUUUUACCUCACUAGGGUCUCGGGGAUUAAACUGAAGUACAACACCGGAGCCCUACACAUCAAGGAUAUUUUAUCUCCUCUGUUUGGAACACUUGUUUCUUCAGCUCAGUUUAACUACUGCUUCGAUGUGGACUGGCUGGUAAAACAGUACCCACCAGAGUUCAGGAAGAAACCAAUACUGCUUGUCCAUGGCGAUAAACGAGAGGCUAAGGCUCAUCUCCAUGCUGAGGCAAAGCCAUACGAGAACGUUUCCCUCUGCCAGGCAAAGUUGGAUAUUGCAUUUGGAACACACCACACGAAGAUGAUGCUCCUGCUCUAUGAAGAAGGCCUCCGGGUUGUCAUCCACACCUCCAACCUCAUCCACGCCGACUGGCACCAGAAAACUCAAGGAAUAUGGCUGAGCCCCUUGUACCCACGACUUGCCCAUGGUAUUCACGGAUCGGGAGAAUCAAGCACACACUUUAAAGGCGACCUCAUCAAUUACUUGAUGGCCUAUAAUGCUCCUUCCCUCACGGAGUGGAUCGAUACCAUUCAGAAGCAUGAUCUUUCCGAAACCAAUGUUUACCUUAUUGGAUCAACCCCAGGACGAUUUCAAGGAAAUCAGAAAGACCACUGGGGACAUUUUAGACUCAGGAAGCUUCUGAGAGAACACGCCACACCCCUGCCCAAAGCCGAGCCGUGGCCCGUAGUGGGUCAGUUUUCCAGCAUUGGCUCCCUGGGGGCUGAUGAGUCUAAAUGGUUGUGCUCUGAGUUUAAAGAGAGUCUGGUGACACUGGGGAAGGAGAACAGAACGCUGGGACAAAGUGCCAUUCCCCUUCAUCUGAUCUACCCUUCAGUGGAAAAUGUGCGGACCAGCUUAGAAGGAUACCCUGCGGGGGGCUCCCUUCCUUAUAGUAUCCAGACGGCUGAGAAACAGAACUGGCUGCAUUCCUAUUUCCACAAGUGGUCAGCUGAGACAUCUGGCCGCAGCAAUGCCAUGCCCCACAUUAAGACGUAUAUGAGACCCUCCCCAGACUUCAGCAAGAUUGCCUGGUUCCUUGUCACAAGCGCAAAUCUGUCCAAGGCCGCCUGGGGAGCGCUAGAGAAAAACGGCACCCAGCUGAUGAUCCGCUCCUACGAACUCGGAGUCCUGUUUCUCCCCUCAACAUUUGGCCUGGAGAGCUUCACAGUGAAAGAGAAAUUCUUCUCAGGCAGCCAGGAGCCUCAGGCAUCCUUUCCUGUGCCGUAUGAUUUGCCUCCAGAACUUUAUGGAAGUAAAGAUCGGCCCUGGAUUUGGAAUAUUCCUUACGUCAAAGCACCAGAUACACAUGGGAACAUGUGGGUUCCUUCCUGA